GGGAGAGUGGGUAGAAAAGUCCUCCCCUCCCUUGGCCAGCCUCUCUCCUAUACCCACGCCCGGGAAGACUGUCAACCUGAGCAUGGCGAGUCGGGAGAAGGCUAGCGCCUCGGGCCAUAUGUUCGACGUAAUCGUGGUAGGAGGCGGCAUCUCAGGAUUGUCUGCUGCUAAACUGUUAACUGAACAUGGAGUUAAUGUUUUGGUUUUAGAAGCCCGGGACAGAGUUGGAGGUAGAACGUAUACCAUAAGAAAUAAACAUGUUGAUUACGUAGAUGUUGGAGGGGCUUAUGUUGGACCCACCCAGAACAGGAUCCUAAGGUUGUCUAAGGAGCUGGGCUUAAAAACUUACAAAGUGAAUGUAAAUGAACGUAUUGUACAAUAUGUCAAGGGAAAAACUUACCCAUUUCGGGGUGCAUUCCCUCCAGUCUGGAACCCCAUCGCAUAUCUGGAUUACAACAAUCUGUGGCGGACAAUGGAUAACAUGGGAAAGGAGAUUCCAGCUGAUGCACCAUGGAAUGCCCCACAUGCUGAAGAAUGGGACAGAAUUACAAUGAAAGAACUCAUUGAUAAAAUCUGCUGGACACAGACUGCUAAGCAGUUUGCAUCUCUCUUUGUGAACAUCAAUGUGACCUCUGAGCCUCACGAGGUGUCUGCCCUGUGGUUCCUGUGGUAUGUGAAGCAGUGUGGUGGCACCACUCGGAUAUUCUCGGUUACCAACGGAGGCCAGGAACGGAAGUUUGUAGGUGGAUCUGGUCAAGUGAGUGAAUUGAUAAUGAGCCGUCUUGGGGACAGAGUGAAACUAAGUCGUCCUGUCACCUCUGUUGAUCAGUCAGGUGACAACGUCAUCAUAGAGACAUUGAAUCAUGAAGUUUAUGAGUGCAAAUAUGUUAUUAGUGCCAUCCCUCCAACUCUGACAGCCAAGAUUCACUUUAUUCCAGAGCUGCCACCUGAGAGAAACCAGUUAGUGCAACGUCUUCCAAUGGGAGCUAUCAUUAAGUGUAUGAUGUAUUACAAGGAAGCCUUUUGGAAGAAGAAGGACUACUGUGGUUGUAUGAUCAUCCAAGAUGAGGAGGCUCCAAUUUCAAUAACCCUAGAUGAUACCAAGCCAGAUGGAUCACUGCCCGCUAUCAUGGGCUUCAUUCUUGCUCGAAAAGCUGUCCAACUAGCUAAACUCCAAAAAGACCAAAGGAAGAAAAUAAUCUGUGAGUUGUACUCCAAAGUGCUGGGAUCUGAAGAAGCUUUACAACCAGUGCAUUAUGAAGAAAAGAACUGGUGUGAAGAACAGUACUCCGGUGGCUGUUAUACCGCCUACUUUCCUCCUGGCAUCAUGACUCAAUAUGGAAGGGUGAUUCGUGAACCAGUAGGCAGGAUUUACUUUGCUGGAACGGAGACAGCCACACAUUGGAGUGGAUAUAUGGAAGGAGCUGUUGAAGCUGGAGAGCGAGCAGCUAGAUCGAUCUUGAAUGCUCUGGGGAAGGUGGUAAAGCAAGACAUUGAAGAACCUGAAUCAGAGGAUGUUCCAGCUACUGAAAUCACACAUACCUUCUGUGAAAGAAACCUUCCUUCUGUGCCAGGCCUGCUGAAGAUUGUUGGAUUUUCCACAUCAGUAACUGCGCUGUGUUUUCUGGCAUACAAGUUUAGGCUUCUGGAACGAUCCUAAAGUAUGUUGUGUCUGCUUACUCUUUUCCAGUACCAUCAGAAGGAAAAAGGUUGACACAUUAAUGGUUGUCUCAUUAGAUUAUUGCUAAAUGCACUGUAUGUAGCUCCUUAGUCUGUGUUAAAGUAAAAACAACUCACAGAGUCACCUCAUUAAAAUCCAUAAAGAGCAUGCUCUGUCUUGUUUGUCUAUGUAGACUAAUUUGUGUUGAUUGGUGGAAUAAAACCUUGUAAUCAGUUUCUUAAUUUCAAGUUAAAGUGCUUUUCAGAAAUAAUUUAUAUGUACUGUUUUUCUCCCCUUUAACAUAAAAUGCCUCAUGAUUACAGAAAUGAAGCAUUUAACUUUCUGUAGAGGUUAAAUAGGUGAAGACCCAGCUUGUGACUGAUCUUUUCAGUCCUUAGGAAAUGGUGAUGUAUAGGUCCAGAGCCCAGGGGUUCACAGCUUCUUAGGGUGAGAAGCUCCCACUUUGGAUGAGGGAAUCAUACAUGAAAGCAGUGGAGGUAGACCAGUGGCGGGGGGUGGGUAUAUUUUGUGGGUUGUUGCCUCAGGAAUCUCUUGACCACUUCUAAUUCUUGCAGAGUUUCUAGACAUCUAGUCUCAGUGUUAGUUUGCCUGUAUAGUUUCCCUUUUUGCUUCUUAAAGAGAAUAGUGUUUACCAAGGCAUAAUGAUUGAAUUGACUUUCUGUGACUUUUGUGCAGCUCCUCAGGAGAGCAAAGUGAACUAGUAGCAGGACUAUCCCCAAGAUGCCUCCCUGACUAGCUCUGCAUGAAGCAUCUUCUCUUCUUCCUGGAAGAUGGCUAGACAUCACUUCAAUCAUCAUUGAUGAUAUAACAUUCUCUACUGAUUUCAAGAAAGCAGUAUUUUCUUUUUUUCAGGUAGACCCUGGCUAUCUGAAAGCCCAUAGUGGCAUACAUAUAUAUUUUUUCUGUUUUCCUAGCACCAUAGUAGAAUUAGACAGAUCUGUUAACUUAAAUAUGUCUUCAACAAAGUUACCUUAGAGUAAAUGUUAGCAUGCCAAUUUCUCUCAAUUAACUGAAAUAGACAUUAAACAUUUCUUAUUGUUAUUUGUUUAGACUAUCAGACACAGAAAGGCAAUCAGAGCUGUAUAUUAUAAAUUUACUUACCUUAGUUAUUAAUUUUUUAUAAAAGACAUGAAAUCGAGUGAUUUCACGUAUGAAGACUAAGUUCUCUAAGGAGUAAUGUGGGCCCAGAACAAUACCACCUCUUGUCUUUCUUAUUUUAAAAACAGCCAGAUUUUUUAAAGCUCCUUCCAAAGGUUUCAACCACAAAACACUUCUUUUCUUAAUAUAAAUAUCUGAGGAAAAUACCAACACAGAUGUGAUCAAAUAAAGCAGUUAAGAUUCAGUGGACUCAAAUACACAGGUGGUGGACAGAUGGUAACACUUUGUCCUGUAUCAUCGAUGAAUGAAAAUUUUAAAUGAAGUUUCUAGAUAGCUGAAACUUACUCUUUUAUGUGCCAAAAAUUUUAAAUAAAAAUUGGAAGAUCAUAUCUUCACACAGUAUUAAGCAAGCUAGAUUUGAAUGAAUUUUUAUUAAUGAGGUCAAUUAUUAUAUACCUCAAUUAUUUUACGCUUUUAUAAUAGAGUGAUACCAUUGCGUUUGCCCCUCUAUAAAAUGUCACAUGAUUGUUUUAUAGCUGUUGAGUCUACUGCUUCUUCUGUCUUCUCCCAUAUUCAGCAUUUUAUUUAAUAUCCUAGUUAUAACACACCUUAACCUAAUCUGUUGUUUUAUUGAAUGGGAAUUAAAGAUUGCCAAAGGAAACCAACCCACGUUUAUUACAUAAUUAACCUUAUCAUAAUUCAAAAUUUAAGUCAUGGCCCUGGUGUGAGGACUUAAGGUAUAUCCUAAGAGCAAAGAGCAGGAUUUAUCUGCUGUUCUUUACCUUUCAUGUGAAACGUGUUUUAGCUAACUUAAGAGUUUUGGCAAUGUCUUGGAUAUGCUCUAAUACAUAAGGAGGUGCCACAUAUACCCAACUGCUUAGAGAAAUCACAUCCCUCAUCUAUUUCAGUUGUUUCUGUUCACUUACUGAUUAACUCGGUUCUGACACACCUUAUGAGAAAGACUUAACUGGCAAGUUUUAAUAGUAAUCAAGUUGAUAGCAUAUCUACGUCUUGAAUGUUGAAGAACUGAUUAUGUAAUUACCUUCUUCUCAAACUUUUAGAAAACCAAUUAAUUUAUUCUAAUUAGAUCAGCCCUAUUAACCUACAGGCUGAGCAUCAAAAUGGAUGUCAGUCCAGAUGUGCAUAAACAUGAAAUAGGAGUUGUUGAGAGCUCCCACCUUCUAGAAGAUUGCUCAACACCAAGAUACCAUAGGUCUUUUCUCUAAUCCAAAGAAACUAGUCAGUUUAAGCAGCUGAAAGAGCAUGGCCUUGUUAACACUUCUGCUUCAAAGUUCUGAAUGCUGAGUUGGCCUUACUCCAUUGUAAGAUCAAGAAUUAGAUUUUAAAAUUUAUUGUUUUUGUCACAGCUGUUAAAUAAUGACUAUAAUACACUGAAAAAAUAUGGAAGAACCAUGAACUACAUUUAGUUGGAUUGUGAACUUGGUACCUACUGUUCUGUCUGAAAUGUGUCCCAUUGCUACAUGUGGGAAUAUACAUAUGUGUUUGUUUUGCAAUUGAAGUACGCUUUUGCCUGUAUGGCACUGUUUUAUUUGUUAAUAAAGUACAC